CUCGCAACGCUCAGCACUCCAGCACUCUCACAACGCGGACAUAAACAGCGUUCAGCCGCCUACACCUCGCAACCAUUCAUAUAAACAACCACCAGCAAUCGAGCCCCCCUUCGUCGUUCAAGCCUGUAUCGCAUUCUCAACGAAACCCACUAUAAUUGUCGAAAACGAGUCAUGGCGGGCACCAAAACAUUACGCGAGCUGACACGCGAGGAAGUUGCCAAACACAACACGGAGAAGGAUCUGUGGAUAAUCGUGGACAGCUAUGUCUAUGACAUCACAAAAUUUGUAGGCCUGCACCCAGGCGGUGAAGGCGUCCUUUUGCAAGUCGCCGGAAAGGAAGCCACGGAACAAUUCUAUGGCCUCCACAGGCAUGAGGUUAUGGAGAAGUUCGGCCCACGCUACAUCAUUGGCCAGAUCAUAGGCGAGAUGCCCAAGCUUCAGCUGCAGCGGUCAGGCGAGUUCAGCAAGGUCCCUUAUGCCGAGUCGCCGUUUGUUCAGGGGCGGCCGUCGCCUUAUUACAAGGAAUCCCAUGUGAAAUUCCGCCAAGCCCUGCGGAAGUUCUACGACGAGGAGCUCCUGCCCGACGCAGCCUCAGCAGACGCAAUGGGCGAAGCCCCCGAUCUCGAAAUUUACCAAAAGAUGGGACAGGCGGGCAUUCUCGCUACUCGUAUGGGACCUGGACCCCACUUGAAGCUUGUGCCUAAACUCCCAGGAGGCGUCUCACCUGACGAGUUCGACUAUUUCCACGAACUGGUUGGACACGAGGAACUGACCAGGUUGGGAAUCUAUGGGUACGCCGAGGGAUUGGCUUCUGGGAUGGUUAUUGGGCUGCCACCUGUUAUGGUGUUUGGACCCAACUGGAUGAAGGAGAAGAUUAUUCCGGAGGUUCUGAUGGGGAACAAGCGUAUUUGCUUGGCGAUCUCUGAGCCGACCGUUGGAAGUGAUGUUGCUGGGUUGGCCACUACUGCUGUGAAGACGGCUGAUGGAAAGCAUUUCAUUGUGAACGGUGUCAAGAAAUGGAUCACAAACGGCACGUUCUCCGACUACUUCACCACUGCCGUCCGAACAGGCGGCCCCGGCAUGGGCGGCAUCUCUAUGCUCCUAAUCGAGCGCACCGAAGGCGUCAGCACCAAAAUCAUCAAAACCAGCGGCACCGCCAGCGCCGGAACCGCCUACGUCACCUUCGACAACGUCAAAGUCCCCGUCGAGAACCUCAUCGGCGGCGAAAACAAAGGGUUCCAAGUGAUCAUGGCCAACUUCAACCAUGAGCGUUGGUCUAUGGUCGUUGGAUGUGCGCGUGCGGCCCGGCUUGUCACUGAGGAGUGCUUCAAGUGGGCGAACCAGCGCAAGGUGUUUGGGAAGGCGUUGAUUGAGCAACCUGUCAUUCGGUUCAAGCUGGCGGAGAUGGUUGCGGGCGUUGAGGCGACGCAGGGGUGGCUGGAAUCUAUCACGUAUCAGAUGACAAAGAUGUCGUAUAAGGAGCAGUCGCUGCAUUUGGCGGGUACCAUUGCGUUGCUCAAGUACAAUGCUACGCGGAUGACGCAGAGGGUCUCGGAUAAUGCUGUGCAGAUCUUUGGUGGACGGGCGAUCACGAAGGGCGGCAUGGGCCGAAUCAUCGAAAACUUCCAAGCACGAAACAAAUUCGGAGCCAUCCUCGGCGGCAGUGAAGAGAUCAUGGCCGAUCUCGGCAUCCGACAGACCUUGAAAACUUUCCCCAAUACCAGGUUGUAGAAGGUGCCACACAUCCAUUUUUGCAGAGUAGUAAACGUCUAGUCACCGACAAACGGCGUCUACACAUUAGUAGAUAGGAGUGGGCUGUGCUGCAUGCUUCCACUUCUGGACUUUCUGCUCCUUUUGUAUCCAACCAAUUACCCAUUUUUUCUUGAGUACUGUACUUUUGUUUGAGUUCCAUAGUUUGAAAUUGAGGUAUGUCUCUCUAGAGCACAACAUUGACUGCAUUGGAUUAACUAUAUACAUACAGCCAACCGAAAUUAAUCAACCCG